AAAUGUCCUAAACUUAUGUAAUCAAAGAAGAAGAAUAGCAAACUCCAGCAAUUUAGGAAACAUAUGUAUACUCUUAUUAAUUACCUAAAGGUUUUAAACAAAUCAUAUAAUUCUACUUUUUUAUAACAUGAAAAAAUAAUAAGAGAAAAUUUUUUAUUUGCUUUGAGAAGACUGCAAGAAGCCUAAUUAAAAGAAUAGAAUUAAGAAUUUCCUAAAUAUCCUUUUGUCUAUUAAUAUAGAUAGAACGAGAUGUUGGUAAUAUAUUUAAAUAACUUUUCUUAGGUCCAUUUGGGAAUCUAAAAUGUUUUCUAAAGGGAGAGAUAAGAUUUUAACAAAGAAAAUUAUCAGUUACAACAUUUUUGCUUAAAUCAAAAACCCAUUCCUUCAAUCAAACUUUCUGUUUAAAAACGAAAAGGCUUUUCGAUAUAUGAUUAGAAAGACUCUAAGAAUAUCCCAAAGAAUUACUGUAAAGCUAUUAUUACUUUUGCUUAAAAAAAUUAGUAACUUUGUGUAAAAAUUCUUGGAGAUUAAUUAAAAGCUACUAGAUUUAUAGAGCAUCUAACCUCUCACAAGAAUAAGUUACUCAAUAUAAAGGUAUUUAGUGCAUUAUUGUAAUAAUCUGAGAAUAAGACUCAUGAAGAAUUCAAUAGAACUUUUAGAAUAAUUAGGUAUUUAUUUCUAUUAAAAUAAGUAAAAUUUUUGUGAAAAAAUUUGCUAUCAAUUAUAUUUAUAAUUCAAAAAUUAUUUAAGAUAAUUGGCAUACUAGAUAUAGAAACAAGAUAUAUAAGGCAAUUAAAUGUCCAAAAAAAUUUUCACACAUUAAGAAACUUUGA